UUUAGCAAGAUCAGUUAGCUCAACUUAGUUUUAGUUAGUUUAUUAGUUUAUUGUGUUGCUUUGUUGAGGAUCAUAGCACAGUUUGUAUACAUUUUAAAUUUGUCAAAUUUUUAUAUUAUAUUUCUAAUUAAAAAUUUGUAAAAUCAUGUUUCGUAAAAUGAAUAAUACUUUAAAAUUAGUGCAAACUUUGCGGCAAACACAAGCUAAGCGUAGUAUAGCAUGUUUAUCAGCCUUGCCCGAGACUCAUCAAAUGUUACAGAAGACUUGCCGAGACUUUGCUACCGAGAUGUUGAUACCGAAUGCAGCCAAAGCGGAUAAAGAGCAUUUAUAUCCUGAACAGCAGAUAAAGAAGAUGGGAGAACUGGGUUUAAUGGCUAUCGCCAUACCGGAAGAAUAUGGUGGCACCGGAUUGGAUUCUCUAGCUUAUGCAAUAGCUAUGGAAGAAAUAUCGCGUGGUUGUGCGUCCGCUGGGGUUAUUAUGUCUGUGAACAAUUCUCUAUAUUUGGGUCCGAUAUUGGCUUUCGGCAAUGAUAAUCAAAAAAAAAAAUUCAUCGCUCCAUAUACCACUGGUGAGAAAAUUGGCUGUUUUGCUUUGUCUGAACCUGGUAAUGGUUCAGAUGCUGGCGCUGCUUCCACCACGGCUUCCGAUAAGGGAGAUCAUUACUUAUUGAACGGUACAAAAGCUUGGAUCACUAACGCGUUUGAAGGUGGUGCCGCAAUUGUGUUUGCCACCACCGAUAAAUCUCUAAAGCAUAAAGGAAUAUCCGCUUUCAUCGUAACGAAAGGCAUAAAUGGAUUUUCCAUAGGUAAAAAAGAAGAUAAAUUGGGUAUACGAGCCUCUUCCACUUGUCAGUUGAUCUUCGAAGAUUGUAUUAUACCAAAGGAAAAUAUGCUAGGUCAGCCAGGUUAUGGCUUCAAAAUAGCCAUGAAGACUUUAGAUGCUGGACGUAUUGGAAUUGCGAGCCAGGCUUUGGGCAUCGCUCAAGCUUCCUUGGAACUAGCCGUAGACUAUGCUCAGAAAAGAACAGCUUUUGGUAAACCCAUAGCAAAACUGCAGGCAAUACAAGGGAAAAUUGCCGAUAUGGCUUUAAAAAUUGAAUCAGCUCGUUUAUUAACUUGGCGCUCAGCUUGGCUCAAGGACAAUAAUCAAUCGUAUACAAAAGAAGCAGCAAUGGCUAAAUUGUCCGCAUCUGAAGCAGCGACUUUUUGUAGUCAUCAAUGCAUACAGAUAUUAGGCGGAAUGGGCUACGUUAGUGACAUGGCCGCAGAACGUUAUUAUAGAGACGCUCGUAUUACUGAAAUUUAUGAAGGAACUUCGGAAAUACAGCGCAUGGUCAUUUCCGCAGCUGCCCUUAAAGAAUACGGAAGUUAAACAAACUUGAAAGCUGUUAAAAGUUCAUUUUUAUAGCAUUUAAUUCCCCUAAGUUAAGGUAAAAGUUUAAAUAUUAGUUCGUAUAUAAGUGUACUGACCUUCGUAAAAAAAAGCAAAUAGGAAUAAUUCUUGUAGUAAAUGUUAGAUCAAGAAAAUCAUAUGAAACUCAUUUUUAGGGAAUUUCGGCAUUUCAGUGCAACAACCUUUUUUUUUUUUUUUUAGUUUUCGGUGGUAAUUUCAUCUUUGAUUAAAAGCGUAAUAAAAAGAUAAACGAUUAUUUUUGUAAA